AUGGAUGACGUUUCACCUUUGAUUGCUCGCAUCUCCGGCCUGGAGAGUCAGAUCGCAAUGUAUGAGAAACUCUUCCAGACCCUAAGUGCGAAGCUAGAUCAUCAUUUCAAGAAAUACGACACUGUAGUUAACGCACAACAGCAACAGAUCAAUUCUCUUACCGAUGUUUUGUUCACUUUACUCAACGAUCGAUGCCGCUAUGCAGAUAUACAACGUGAAAAACUGGGAAACACGCUCGCUGGCGUCGCAUCUACCGGCGCAUCUUUGAGCGGGGUUGUAGCCACCGCGGGCCUUGGGAGACAGCCGAAGCAGGCCACAGGCCCCCAAACUUCAUCCCGACAUGUUUCGGGCUUGCAAAGCGACCAUCAAUCAGCUAGUUUGUACGCUGAAGAUACCCCCUCACGUCGCGAGGAUGAGCGGCGUAGCAGCGACAGCUAUUACAGCGACAACAGCGUUACUAGCGCAGAAAGUGACGAGAGCGAGGAUCGAGAAAACUCGGAGCUCAGGCCAGAGCUACAUGAGUCCGCAGACGCAGCACACAAGAAGCGCAAGCUUUUCGACAGAAAGUUCCGUUUCUUAGCUUCUCCACAGUCCGUGGCAGAGGUUUGGAAAGAAUAUACCGAAGGUCUAGCAGGCCAGCCUUCGCUCAAAGAAAUGGAAUCUACAUACCGCUCGAGCUGGCGACGCGAUGCGGCGGUUAGCCGGAAGUUUUAUCGCCGCAAAGUGCUUUGUCGAGCCAUUGAGACCGGCUUGGCUAGAGGCUACGCAUUAGAGGAAAUAAUUGACAUGCUCGAGAGUCACAGACAACAGAGAGAAGGAAGACAAGAUAAGCUGCCGAUUGGCUGGCUAUGCCGCCGCAGUAACCUACCAAGCAUUUUCAAGUGA